CAACCCUCCAUUUCUUUGUUGGUCUUCAAGAUCUCCCUCCGCUCUUCAAUGUGUCGGUGAUCUUAAUGAUAAACCCCAACCCCAAUCCCAGCCCUCUUUCUCCCUCCGCCGCCAAUGUCUUCGAUUCGAAUCGAGGCAUCAAAGCAGCACUACACCACCACCUUCCUCGUAGUCGGUUACGCAUUCUGCUCCAGUCUCCUCGCCAUCAUCAACAAGUACGCCAUCACCCAAUUCAACUAUCCCGGCCUCUUAACCGCACUCCAGUACCUCACUUCUGCCCUUGGCGUCUAUCUUCUCGGCAAAUUAGGGUUCCUCCACCACGAUCCCUUUACUCUCGACACCGCCAAGCGCUUCUUCCCCGCCGCACUAGUCUUCUUCCUCGCCACUCUCACCCCUCUCCUCGUCGCCCUUGCCGACACCGUCUUCCGCCACCAGCCUUGCCCCUCCAAGCUCACAUUUUUCUCGCUGGUCGUUAUCCUUGCCGGCGCCGUCGGAUAUGUCUCCACUGAUUCCGCUUUUACCCUCACUGCUUAUUCUUGGGCUUUUGCUUAUCUUGUCACAAUCACCACUGAGAUGGUUUACAUCAAGCACAUGGUCAUGAAUCUAGGGUUGAACACUUGGGGUUUUGUUUUGUACAACAAUUUGUUGUCUCUCAUGAUUGCGCCCUUGUUCUGGUUUCUUACCGGUGAGAAUUUUGAGGUUUUCGAUGCUCUGAGAUCCGGUUCCGGGAGCUUGUUUGAUCCCAGUGCUCUUGCUGCUGUUGGGCUAUCCUGUGUGUUUGGAUUGGCUAUUAGUUUCUUUGGCUUUGCGGCAAGGAAGGCCGUUUCCGCGACGGCCUUUACUGUCACUGGCGUUGUGAACAAGUUUCUCACUGUGGCUAUCAAUGUGCUCAUCUGGGACAAGCACGCCAGCCCCUUCGGAUUGCUUUGUUUGCUAUUCACCAUUGUUGGUGGAGUUCUUUAUCAGCAGUCAGUUACAGGGCCUGCCCCGGUGCAGCGUGAUACAACGGUGGAUGUUGAGAAGAAUACCGGUGAUUAUGAUGAUGAUGGUGAUGAUUUGGAAGCUGAGAGACUAUUAAAGGGUACACUUGCUUCAUGAGUAAUGUUAAGUUUGUAGCAUUUCACUGUAUUGUCUCAAGUCUCAACAGCCUUGACAAUUUUUUUUAUGGCAUAUGAGUUAUCUUUCUCAGAAGGUUAUGAAAUCUAUGUAACUAAGAAACAACAAAAUUAUAAACAUUGUACU